CCCUCCUCUGAAAUCCCAGAAGUGAACUCCUACACUCGUGUCUGAAGGAGUGAAUAACGGAGGGCAGUUCCUUCCAGCCCAUGUUUGGAGAUGUUACUCAAGAGCCUGGAAACCGCUAGAAGGUGGUCGAUAGCGCUGGAGAGUCGAUUCAGUUCAGAGAGUCGAUUCUUUUUGGGCGAUUCAUUCCAACUAACGGUUUCGCGAUUCGUUUGAGUCAUCACAAAGUUUUCAUUUGAUUUAAUAUGGUGUUUUAAUAUUUUUGUUGAUUUCCUAUUUUACUACUGUUUAAGCGUUAUUUAAAAGAUUAAUUUUAAUCUAGAGAUGAAGGAGCGCCACUUUGUCAUCUGCAAAAGCGUUACAUUUUGGCGCUGUUACUCUCUAAUUUAUAUGUUUUGUGCCAGAUUAAUGUUUUACUUGCUCGGAAAAAACAGACUGUUAAAUGUCACUUUACCGUGGCACGGUGAUUUGAAAGCCCCUUGCGAAUCGAUUCUUCUGAAUCCGAUUCACUUGCUGACCGGACAGGUCUAUAUUGCUCGGGUCGGGUGUGUUUCAUUUAUAUCCUAUAGGUCUCUGCACCCGUUAAACAUUCAUUAAAGCGACGAGCGGCAGAUAUGGCACAAGCUAAAAUUAACGCGAAAAUGAACGAUAAAGGCAAGUUCACCCGAACCAUUUCAAUGGCGGACCGGUCCGGACGCUUACUGGAAAAUCUGGAUCAAAUUGAAAUGAGGGUGGAGGCGUUUCGCGAGGAAGCCACUGCUAUGGAGCAGGAGAGAGAGAGCUUGAUCGAGAUGAUCCAGUCCAUACAGAACAGCCAGGAGAUGAGGAACAUCUGUGACGGGGAACGGGAAGAGCUCUCUCUGACCGCCAGCAGACUCAUGAGCAGGGCUUUGACAGUGCACGUAUCUGUGGACACCAUCAGGAGUGGCCAGCAGGAGGAGGCCCUGAAGAAGGCCAUCGCCAUGAUCGAUGAGAUCGCUGGGAAACUGCUGGAGGACAUGGAGGCGUCUAAGAGAAGACUUCAGUCUCUUCACGCCGCGUGUGUGACCGACGCUCCACCCGUGCCUGUGGACCAGAAGUUUCAGAGCGUCGUGAUCAGCUGCGCUCUGGAGGACCAGAAGAAGAUCAAGAGGCGUCUCGAGACCCUCAUCAGGAACGUGGACAAUGCAGAGAAAACCAUUAAAGUUAUGGAUAACCAGACAGUUCAUCAAUCUAGUCUUGCCAACGGCAAAUAAAGUGCCUGCACACUUUUUCUAUGGCCUUGUUCCGGAAGUAUUUUUCCCAUUCAUUUUCCCCAUAUGUAAAAAAAAAAAAAAAGUGUUCAGGUGCGUCCCAAAAUUGGAUUCGUUCCAAAUAUUUAUCCCAUUUAUUUUUCCCAUUUUGUAAAAAGAAAAACAUUCAAAUGCGUUCCAAUAAUGGAUACGCUAAAUAAUGGAUGCGGUCAGGUGAGUUCCAAUGAUGGAUACACUCAAAUAAUGGAUGCGUUCCAAUAAUGAAUGCGGUCAGGUGCGUUCCAAUAAUGGAUGCGUUCCAAUAAUGGAUACGGUCAGGUGGAUACGGUCAGGUGCGUUCCAAUAAUGGAUACGGUCAGGUGCGUUCCAAUAAUGGAUACGGUCAGGUGCGUUCCAAUAAUGAAUGCGUUCCAAUAAUGGAUACGGUCAGGUGGAUACGGUCAGGUGCGUUCCAAUAAUGGAUACGGUCAGGUGCGUUCCAAUAAUGGAUGCGUUCCAAUAAUGGAUACGGUCAGGUGCGUUCCAAUAAUGGAUACGGUCAGGUGCGUUCCAAUAAUGGAUACGGUCAGGUGCGUUCCAAUAAUGGACACACUCAAAUAAUGGAUGCGUUCCAAAUAUUUUUCCCAUUUUUUAAAAAGAAAAGCGUUCAAAUGCGUUGAAAUAAUGGAUGCGUUCCAAUAAUGGAUGCGUUCAAGUGCGUUCCAAUAUGGAUGUCUUCCAACUAUUUUUCCCAUUCAUUUUUCCCAUAUUGGAAUGCAUCCAUUUGGGAAUGGAUGCAUUCUAAUAAUAACGGUCUAAUAAUGGAUGUACUCAAAUAAUGGAUACGUUCCAAUAAUCUUCAGGUGCGUUCAAGUUGAUGGCCAAACAGAUAACAUGGAUAACAUGUUAAAUGUUGAUUAUUAGUCACUCAAACCACUUUAAUUAAACCUCUAUUUAACUGUUGGUUCAUCACAUCCGCUGAUAGUGCAAGUUGUUGUGUAUAGUAGUAUUUGCAGUAUUGCUGCGUUGUAGUAUAAAUAGUGUGUUCACAGUGAAAAUUCAGAAAUACCCAGAUGAUGCACUUAAAUCAACAUCAAGUAACUUUUUCUCUGCGGUCGCCCUACAGGUUGGAAGUGGAAUUUUCCAUUUAGCCAAGCACAUCCUACUGUCGCGCACACACUCGCUGUUUAUCAGCACCAGCUGUGGAAUGAACGAUAUCCAUCGACAAGGUAGAGUAUGUUGCAUGAUUUCACGAAAGUAUGAUGUAUUUAGACAUCAGAAAUUAAGAAAAACUAAAUAAUGACUAUUGUAACGCUUGACGUAAAGCAAGUCCAAUUUGUAGUUUUCUUAUGUCUCAUUAGAACUACAGAAACUCGGCCCGAUCUGUCAUUCUUACAUAGUGUGGUUAUAGCAGAUGUAGGACCACAAAGCGGAGGCAUAAGUGCCUUUCACCCUGUUACGACUUGAUGAACCACUGAAACGAUUUUGGAAACAUUAUUUUAAGGUAAAAAAAUCUAACUUAGUGUUGCUUUAAUAACUGAAAGAACAAAGUGUGGAAUAUUGGACGCUCUUUGAUCGCUGCGACUGAUUGGGGGAUUUUCUGUACAGCAUCAUGGGUAAUGUAGUUUUUUAACCACAAAUUCAGCUGUUAAAAACAAGGUCGUUUAAAAAUUAAGCUUAAAUAAUACAGAUUGAUGGCUUUGACAAAAACACAUGCCAUCGAUUAACACCAUCAUAACUGUUUAUAAGUGAUCAUUAAAAAUCAGUUAUGGAGAAAAUGAAUGGAGAUUUUACUUCCGGAACCCAACUUUUGCUCUCUAUAGAGGCUGAGUGGAAUCACCAGCAUAGUACAUGUGCCUUUAACACACACACACACACACACAGAGAUAUGUAAAGGUGUCAUUACAUUAUUUACCACUGUUGGCCUCUUGGUCAUAUGCAUAUUUAUUUUUUAUUUACUUAUAUGCAUUUAACUUCAUAAACCCUUUGUAUAAAUACUUAUUAAAUUAUGUUUGAUAUUGA